AUGGCUUCACUGUAUCAGAGAUUCACCGGGAAGAUCAAUACGACCAAUUCCUUUCCGCACCCACCUGAGGCCAGCCACCUUCUCGGUGGACAGGUUGCAGACGAGGAAAACGCAGCGAAGACCCCUCAGCAAGUCGGCGACGGCAGACCUCACGUCCAGUACCGCAAAAAAUGCGUGCGGGAGGAUGAGGAUGACCUUGUGGGCAGCGCUCCGCCUCAGAGGAACUGGAAGGGAAUAGCCAUCGCCCUGCUGGUCAUCCUAAUCAUCUGCUCCCUGAUCGUCACCUCCGUUAUCCUGCUGACCCCUCGUGAAGAUGACAGCCUUGCCCUUAAGAAGAAAGUAACCAUAGAGGACGUCUUCGGUCCAGACCUUCGCAUUCAUGACCCGGACGCUAAAUGGCUCAGCGACAAUGAGCUGCUGUAUCGUACAAGGGAUGGGGAUGUUGUCAGGCUUAAUGUUGACACAACGGAGCGCAGGGUUAUCGUGCCGAACCAGCUGUUUGACAGAUCCAGAGCCGCCAAAUAUCAAGUGUCUCCUGACAUGCAACACGUGUUGUUUGCCUUUGAAGUAAAACCGAUCUACCAGUACUCCUAUGUGGCCAAGUACAUUAUUUACAGCCUGGUGACACAGGAAACUUGGCCUCUCAACCCUCCUGAGGUGCAUGAAGCUGUCCUGCAGUUUGCUGGAUGGGGACCCCAAGGCCAGCAGCUGAUCUUCAUAUUUGAAAACAACAUCUACUACAGGACGACGGUGGAGAGCCGAGCCAUCCGCCUGGUUUCCACCGGGAGGGAGGCAGUCGUCUUCAAUGGCCUGGCGGACUGGCUGUAUGAGGAGGAGAUCCUGCAGACCCACAUAGCCCACUGGUGGUCUCCGGACGGGCUGCGUUUGGCCUACAUGACCAUAAACGACACACAGGUGCCAAAGAUGGAGGUCCCAUUCUUCACGGGAACACCGUAUCCUGCAAGCUUAGACUACCACUACCCAAAGGCCGGUGAGGAGAACCCUGUAGUGCACCUGUCAGUCGUGAGCCUCCACGGUCCUCUGCACACCGUGGUGAUGAAGAAACCCGAUGACCCCCGAAUAGGGAGGGAAUAUUAUAUCACCAUGGUGAAAUGGGCCACCAACACCAAACUGGCUGUCAACUGGCUGAACAGAGCCCAGAACAACUCCAUCCUGACGCUGUGCGAGGCUACCACCGGCGUCUGCGUCAAGAAACACGAAGAUGAGAGUGACAGCUGGCUGCACCGACAGAAUGAACCGCCGCUCUUCUCCCAAGACGGACACAAGUUCUUCUUCACCAGGGCGAUCCCUCAGGGCGGCAGAGGAAAGUUUUUCCACAUCUCUAUGUCCACCUCAUUGCCUAACACGAGCACAGACAUCCUUCAGUCCCUGACCUCUGGAGACUGGGACGUCACCAGCAUAUUGGCCUACAACCACAAAAGGAAUCUCAUAUACUUCCUGAGCACAGAGGACGACCCCAAACGACGGCACCUGUACAGCGCCGACACAAUCCCUCCGUUCAACCGCUGCUGCCUGUCCUGUGAGUUCAAGUGCGGCUACGUGGACGUUUCAUUCAGCCACAACAUGCAGUACUUCCUGCUUUACUGUAAAGGCCCAGAUAUACCGAGCGUGGCCGUCUACAGCACAGACGACAAACAGAAGGUGUUUGACGUGGAGACAAACGAAAGAGUAAACAACACAUACAACAACAUGCAGAUGCCCAGAGUGGAGUACGAGACCAUCACCAUAGACGACUACACUCUGACGAUGCAGAUCCUCAAGCCGGCCGGAUUCAUAGAUACAGCUCACUACCCUUUGCUGCUGCUAGUGGACGGUACGCCUGGCGGGCAGAUGGUGACGGAGCGCUUCCAGGUGGACUGGGCCACGGUUCUGGUCAGCAGCUUCAGCACCAUCGUCAUCCGGUUCGACGGCCACGGCAGCGGCUUUCAGGGCACAAACCUCCUCCACAAGGUCCGCAGGAAACUGGGGAAGCUGGAGGAGAGGGACCAGCUGGAGGCGCUCAGGUUCAUAUCCAAGGAGUCUUUCAUUGAUAAGAAUCGAAUGGGAGUCUACGGAAAGGCCUACGGGGGAUAUUUAGCGACGAUGCUUUUGAGCUCCGAGGAGUUUACCCAACUUAAAUGUGGAACCGCGGUCUCACCCAUCACAGAUUUCGAGCUUUACGCAUCUGCUUUUUCGGAACGAUACCUUGGAGCAAAGACAGAUUCCCGAGUAUAUUCAAUGGCAAAUUUAGCACACAGAGCGGGUCAGCUGCUGGAGAAACAGUACUUAAUCAUUCACCCGACUGCUGACGAAAAGGUUCACUUCCAGCACACAGCCAAAUUUAUCAACCAUUUAAUCAGCGAGAAGGCCAAUUACACGCUACAGAUCUACCCAGAUGAGGGACACUUCCUCCACAGCGAGGGGACGCAGCAGCACCUGAGUCAAUCUCUGGUCAACUUCUUCGAGGAGUGCUUCCGGGUGCCCGAGACGGUGAAGGACGACCAGGAAGACAACGAGGACGACAGUUAAGCCCGAUCCUCUGAGCAGCCCCCGGCCAGCUACUACAGCACAAUAUGCAACAGAUCUUUCUAACACAAUAAAACCACCCCACCUGCUGUCCAAUCUGAUUUUUAGCUCUAAUCUGAAGUGCAGCACCUGCAUGUGCAAAAAAAAAAAAAAGAAAAAGAAAAAAGAAAAGAAAGAGGCCCCCGCCUACUUCCCUUCUCUUCGUCUCACACUCGCUGCCGACGAGGAAACCGGCCAGAAAGAGGCUGAAUAAAUCUCAGACGUGAACAGUCGUAUCUCUCUGCUAUUGGAACAAAUGGACCGGUACUCCCUCUGGUGGACCAAGAGGGUCAACAUAACAUCCAUUCAGCAAUGCGCCUCCAUUCCAAAAACAGGCACAUUAAUCGAGCGCUUUGCAGCACAAAAUAUCCCCCCUGAGAAGAAGAUAAGUUCAUUAUGUUGAGAUUUAACUUUUGAGAGGCUGCCAGUUUCUGAUAACCUUGCCAACUAACUUACUGAUUAUUGUGUUCAUGAGUAUGAUUAUUGCUACCUGUUUCUCAGAAUCUCUCUGUUCAGUGUCUUACAGUUGUUCCGUGUCCGAGUGGAUGUCUGGCUGCAUCAGUCCGUUGAGUUGCUUUACAAAACAAAGGCACAACGUUUAACUUGUGUUGUACUCCAAGAAACAAAACAAACUGUAUCUCUACAUAAAUGCUAUGAAGUCAUAUUUUUUCCUCCUCACACUUCUGAAUUGAACUCUUGUUCUUUUAGUCACUGUGCCUUACUGUGGGCGAAAUGGUCAUGUUAGGAGCCCACAUGACUCUGGAACUGAGUAACUAUGGAUAGGCCUCGUCUGGACUGAGUUAUCUAUGAGCAAAGGUUUGGCACAUUUUAUCUCGGAAACCUGGAAGCAGUUGAAUAUGAAUUAACUGUACGUCUGCUCGAGCGAUGGUACUGUACUGACACAAAAAUGUAAACAAUAUUUAGUUUGCGGAUUCUUGAUAUUUACCAUCCAAACUGGCAUACUGGUGAGUUAACUAUGCUGAACUUUCAUGAUUUUGUGAGUUGCUUUGAUUGCUUUGUGUGUUCUCGACUCUCCUCAUGUCACUUCUGUUAGUAUUGUCAGUGGUUUCUAGUCAGCUGAUGUACAAAGUGUAUAAAACUUAUAUUGUUUUAAGUCUUUAUGUUGUAUGUGCAACUUGUAUAUAAAGCAUUUUGAAAUGUA